AUGGCGGCACAAGUGCUUGGCUUCACCGAGAUGAUGAUCCUCAUCUGGGUGUCGUGGUUCGUCGCCUUUGGCAUGACAAUCUUCCGCGGUACCUCUCAGUGGAUGCUGCAGCGACGGCUUCACGCGGAUGACUACUUCAUCUUCGCUGGGCUGGUCACGUUGACGGCUUUGAGCGCUGUCAUUACGAGCAUGUUGCCGCAGUUCUAUCUCUCUGGGGAGUACACCAAGGCCGCGGCCAAGGACCCCUUGACUCCUCUGCCGUUGCCGGUGGACGAGUUUAUGGCAAGGACCGUUGCGUCGCUCAAGAUGAUGUUUUCCCAGAUGCUGCUCUUCUGGACGACACUGUGGGCAGCCAAGUUCUCCAUCCUCUUUUUCGUCCGGCGGCUCAUCAUCGGGUUGCCCAACUACAUCCGGGCGUGGUGGGUAUGUUUUACUGCAGUUCUGUUGCUGUAUCUCGCGUGCAUGCUGUCCAACUUCUUGACUUGCACGCCGUUGGACAAGUACUGGAGCACAACUGGAUGCAGUGCCCCAGAAGACCUCGUGCGGGCCGAUGCCUCCAUCAAGUUCGCAACCAGCGCCGACAUCGCUGCCGACAUCUUCAUCAUGAUCCUCCCCCUCAACCUCCUCCGCAAACUCACCACAUCCCGCACCCACAAACUCGGCCUCGUCGUGCUCUUCUCCCUCGGCGCCAUCAUCAUCGCCUUCGCCCUCGUCCGCCUCGCGCAAGUAACCAAAGCCACAAGCGACACCGCAAAAGACCCCACGACCGUCGCCAACGGGCCGGUGCUCCUGAGCAUGUGGAGCCACGUCGAGUCCACCGUCAGCAUCAUCGUCGCCACGUUGCCCGCGUUCCGUUUCCUGCUGAGCAAGAACCGCAACGCGACGCGGCAGGCGCCGUCCAAGUACGCUGGCCAGACCAUCGGCGGGUCGGGCAUGUCGUUGAGGUCCAGGAGGUGGCAGAGAGGCGGGGAGCGCUUGAACGGCGGGGAGAGCGAUGGCUCGGUGCUGGAUAGCGAGACGGAGCUGCGGGCGGUGAGGGGUAUUCACAAGGAGGUUGAGUAUGUAGUCGAGCCGGUGCCGGGGGUGUCUGCUUCUGGAGAGAACAAGCGGAGAACGCAGGAGCUUUUUGCAUGA